AUGGUACGGUACGGGUCGUUGUGUUGUGGAAACGCCUCGUCUUUUAUUUCAAAAUCGAACCCUAGCCUGCGCCACAUCCCACAUCUGUGAGACACGAGCCGCCGCCAGAAGACCACCGCGCGCCCCGGCCCUUCUUCCACGCCUCCGUCUUCCGCGCCUGGCCACGGCCCACCGCCGUCCGCCCUUCGACGCCUGACGCGCCCCGGCACCGCCCAGGCAAGGCGGCCGCCGGUAGCUACGGACAGCCCACCGCGUCCGCGGCACCGCCCACCGGCAGCAGCUACCGGCAACCGCGCCCGCGGCUCUGUACCCAGGGAGUAGCCUAUCAUGGGGAAGAGGCCGAGGACAACUCUGCGGCGCACGCCAGCACGGGGCCUUCCAAAGUCCAAGCGGGCCGACGAGCUGCCAUCGAUGCCUGAUUCUGACAACGACGAAAUUGAUGCAUUUCACAAGCAGCGGGACAUGAUCCCUUUCGACGCCAAUGAUGUAAGGGAGUCGGAGGAUGAUGAUGUGGAGCAGCCCGUGUUUGACCUCAAGGGUGUUUCUGAUAGCGAAAGUGAUGACAGCAAAGGAGAAUUGUCCGGUGACAUGGCUGAAGCUGAUUAUGAAGGAUGGGACAAAGGGUAUAUUUCGAAAUUAAAAAGAGCACAGAGGGCUGUCAAACAAAUUGCUGGAGGUGAUGAUAGCAUGGAUGAGCAGGAGGAUGAAACACAAGAAAAUGUUUGGGGCAGAGGUAAAAAUGCAUACUAUGCUCCUGGUGAACAAUCUGGUGAUGAUGAGGUGGAUUACGAGGAGGCACAAAGGAUACAAAAAAAUAAGGAAAAAAGGCUGUCUAUGAAGGAUUUUGGAUUAGAAGAUGGUGAAAGUGAUGAAGAGGGUAAUGCAACAAAGGUAUCCAACCAUGAAUCCAAAAUGAAAGAAGACUUUGCUGUCUUAUCAGGCGAUGAGAAAAUGGAUGUGCUAUACAGUUCUGCCCCUGAACUCGUUAGCUUGUUGUCUGAGUUGAAGGAUGCCCAUGAAGAACUUAGGGCCAUAGGACAGCUAACAAGUGAGGUCACGUCUUGUCUAGGCAAAGAUAAAAUGCAACCUUUUGAAGUGAAGAAAGCUUGUUUGCUUGCUCAUUGUCAAGCUAUUACCUUCUAUCUCCUUAUGAAAUCUGAGGGGUUGUCCGUACAGGAUCAUCCUGUAAUUUCUCGCUUGAUAGAGACCAAGAAUAUGGUAGAGAAGAUAAAGCAAAUCACUUUGAAUCCAGUGAGCCAAAAAGGGUGCGCUGAUGACCAUAGUAUGCAUUGUGGCACCAUCCAAACAGAUAAGAUAGUCUCAUUGGACAAACAGGAGGGCAAAUUUAGCAAUGUACUAGCACUGGAUAAAGUGAAACAAGGUGCUGAAGUCUCUGAAUCAAGAAAGAGUGAGCCUUGUAAUAACGAUUAUCAUGAAGUUAAUGAACAGAAGAACAAGGAUGAACGAAUGGGCUUGCAUAGCCUUGAAAUGUUGAAGGUAAGAGCAAACCUUGAGGAAAGGUUAAAGAAAAAAGGGCUCUAUAAUUUGACACGCUCGAAGCCAGAGAAGUCGUCAAAAACCAGGACAACUAGUGAUAAAAGUGGCCUGCAGACAUUGGAUGAUUUUGAUGAUGAAGUGCUGAAGAAUAACCAAAUGAUGAAGCCUAGCAAGCUUGUUGCAGCAGCUGCUAAAUCAAAUAAAAGCAUGUUUGUUUCUGGUGAUGAUGACCUUCCGAAGAGAGAUAAUAUCGGAGAAAGACGGAGAAAACAUGAGCUUCGCGUCCUAUCAAGAGUAGGGGCUAACUCAGCAGAGGAUCAUGAGCUGCCAGAUGGUGACGCUUCUGAAGAGGAGGACCACCAUGAGUUGCCAGAAGGUGGUGAUGAAUCUGAAGACGACAUCCAUCGGGAUGUCAAAAGAAAGAGGACUGAAAAGCUAUCAACCAAGAAUGCUCUGUACUCGCCAACUCCGGGCGUUGAACAUCUGGAGGAAGAAACAGAAGGCGAUGGCAAGAGGACGAUUUCGUAUCAGAUCUUGAAGAACAGGGGGUUGACUCGUUCCAGGAAUAAGAAGAAGAAGAACCCGCGGAAGAACUACAGGGAUAAGCACAAGAACAAGCUUGUCAAGCGGAAAGGCCAAGUGCGUGAUAUCAAGAAGCAGUCUGGUCCGUAUGGAGGUGAAACGUCUGGCAUCAACCCGAAUGUCAGCCGCAGUGUUCGGUUCAAGAGUUGAGUUGAUGCAAGUAGUAUAUUUAGGUUGGACAUGGAAGGAGUUGUUUCUGGUCUUAACUUGGCAUUUUCUUUAUUUUUUGUUUGCAUGUCAUUCGAACGCAUAAACUCCAGAAUUUGUCUUACGGUAUUAGAUGAGUACAAUUUUGCUUGCGAAAAAUAUCAUUAUCACCGUUGCCUGUGUGUGUGAAAACUAGGUGGUAUAAUUAUCAAGGAAAUUUGUAUAUUAUUUCGAACCAUA